AUGUAUUUCAAGAGCGCCAUCGCCGCCGGUCUGGCCACCACCACCCUGGCCCAGGUCCAGCAGGGGUUCAACUACGGCGCCACGAACGAAGACGGCUCCUGCAGAGGCUACGAUGACUUCCGGAGCUACUUCGAGACCGCAAAGGGUCUUGCCGGCGCCGGCUCCUUCACUUCGGCACGCCUCUACACGUCCAUCCAGUGCGGCACGGUCAACGACCCGAUCUCGGCGUACCAGGCCGCCAUCGACACCGACACGUCGAUCCUCGUCGGCCUGUGGGCCAGCGCCGGCCGCGGCGUCUACGAGAACGAGCUGAACUCGCUCCUCCGCGCGGCGGAGCAGUACGGCACCGCCUUCACCGACCGCGUCGUCGGCAUCUCCGUCGGUUCCGAGGACCUGUACCGGAGCAGCCCCGACGGCGUCGCCGCCAAUGCCGGAGUCGGAGCCACGGGCGCCGAGAUCGAGGGCUACAUCGGAUGGCUGCGGGAUUGGAUCCGCGGCACCGCCCUGGAGGGGAAGCCCAUCGGCCACGUCGACACGUGGACCGCCUGGGUCCGCGGCGAGAACGCCGGCGUCGCCGCUUCUGUUGAUUGGCUCGGCCACAACUCGUUCCCGUACUUCGAGUCCACCAAGCCCAACGCCAUCGAGCAGGCGCCCGAGAACUUUUGGUCUGGAGUCGGCAGCACCGAGAGCGUUGCAGGUGGCAAGCCUGUGUUCAUCACCGAGACUGGAUGGCCGCACAUCGGUCCUCAGUCGGGCGCUGCAGUCGCUUCUGUCGAAAACGCUCGCCAGUACUGGUCUCAGGUUGGAUGCGCUCUCUUCGGCCAGCGCAACGUCUGGUGGUACACCCUCCUCGAUGCGAACACGGCUCAGACCAACAUCGAAUUUGGUGUGACCCCGGCUGGCAGCUCGCGGCCGGUCUUUGACCUGACUUGUUAA